AAUUGAAUUGAUUUUGUUUGAUUGUCAACAAAAGGAAUAAAAGUGGCCUUAUUUUUUAUUAUUGAUAUUGAGAAAUGUGUAAAAUAUUUAAACCUCUAUCAAGUUAUUGUUGUAGUUCUAACAUUCAUCGUUUUUAUUAAACCUUUCAGUAGCUUUUUAUAUCAAAACAAAAUGUCGCCUCGUAAACAGCCUAAUAGCUUAUUCAAAAUCUGUGUUAAGAGUUGUAUUUGUUUAAUUAAUUCCGCUUGUUAUGUCAUUGAAAAAAAUUAUCCCGAGAAUGAGUUUGAAAAAUUUGAGAGGCAGGCAUUUUCUUUAAAAUGCCAUCUGAUGUCUAUGCUUCCAGCAAGGUAAUUAUGUUUUACCAUUAUGCUCAUUAUUAAAUAAUAUGGAAUUUGUUUUAGCGUGCAAUAUGUUUUCUUUUAUAUCAUAGUUUGACAUUAUUAUAAUAUAUAUUUCUUUUUUAUAUCCACAAAAUGUAUUUUUUAUGAAUAUAGAGAUGAGCAUAGCAUUUUAAACAACAUUAUGCUCUUCUUUAGUUAAAUGAAAAUAUUCUAUUAAUUUAUUUUGAACGGGGAUGUAUUAUAAUUGGAAAUGUUUGAAAAACACUUCAAAUAUUUUGUCCGACUGUCUGUGUCCUUCAGUUUGGGGUAAUUUUCUGACUGGCUGAACUGAUUGUGGUAUAACUUUACAUAAUAUAAAUAUGCCAUGAGUAGUGUUCCCAACCCUCCCUGAUUGCAGAUGAGACUGCAAUAAUAAUGGUUAAUCUCACAACCUCCCUUGGUGUAAUAAUUUCUCAGGAUUUUCUAAAAGUUAAUACCCAUCCUUUGCUCGCACAUGUUGCUACUGACUUGCUUCACGGUCACGCUGCCUGUAGAUUUUCCCUAGCCUUUCAAAGACAUGUGGCACAAACAAAUGGUGAUGUACCACUCAGCAUUAACUGUCUUGCUCAUCAAGUGGGAUCAUGCAGAUAGGACCUGGCUGGGAGACAAAAACAUAAUCAUUUUUUGUCUAGGCUUUUUCUCUGCCUCUACAUUGUUAGUUUGUUGUCACCUAUAAACACCCAUACAGAAUACUGUUGCUUUCUUUGCGGAAUGUAACAAUAUAUCCAUUUUACAUCUUCUGUCAGAAAAUCAUAUAAUAUUAUACUUAUAUAUAUUUUUUAUGCCAAUCAAAUCGAGCCCUUUUUUAUCCUGGGUGAAAUUAUGAGGAAUCCAGUAGCACUUGUUGCUACUGGAUUCCUCAUAAUUUGUUUUCUAACUAUUGAAUGUUGAUGUAAUUUUUUUUUAUUUGGCUCAUUCCAAUAGCCAAAUGUCCUCUAAUCUUAUAGAUGAUGCACCGGUUUUAUUCAAUUAGUGUAUUUUAUUCUAUUCUUUAUUGUACACACUAUAAGAUGAUAACAAAUUUUAAAUAUGUACUUAAAUAAGAUUUACAAAGGUGAGCUUAACCCUAAGAGUUCUCUUCCAUCAAACCCUUUUCAAAAGAGAAAUAGUGUUAUAAUAUGUGAAGCAAGUUGCCUCACAGUAGCAUCAUUUCCAUCCGCACACUCAACAUUUUCACGAAUUUCAUGAUGGAGAAAAACACUGUCACAAUCAAAUUCUGCGUACGCCUUACGGUGCUCCAAUGUACUGCUUCCCUCCCAAAAACAUUUUGCAGACGGGCAGUACAAUCUUGCGGAGAGUGAACUUUCAAAAUUUAAUAAAAAAUGAUUGCCUAAAAUAUUUUUGCAUUAAUUCCAUUUUGCAUCAGAUGACGGACUUUAACUUGUGAUAAAAAUCAAUUAGCACAGGACUUUCCACCAAAAAUUUGUCUAAUCAAUUUAUGAGUUUCUUAUAUUUCAAAAUUUCAAAAAUUCCUAAUUGCAACAUUUAUGAGUGGCCAAAAACAAAACUUUCAAUGUGCUUAUGUUUUUGUAUGUACAUAUUGUCAUACAGUAUAAUUUAAUUAUAGUUAUUAUUUUAUCAAUAAGUACCAGAAGCUUGAAUGGUUUAAGGGUAUGGAUUGUUAAAUAAAAAUUCAUGAAUCCUAAUCCGCCACUCAACUUCUACUGUAAAGCAUUCCUAGCUUGAGCAUUUUCAGCUGGGAGUGCUUAACGGAAAAUAUAUUAAAAAAUUAACAUAUUUCUUCACUUUCAGGUUAUUUGAUGUCCUCUGUUUAGAAAGAACAUGUUGCCAGUACCGUGGCGACCCUCGAGUUCAGCUCCAUGUCCUGACACACCCAAACAUGACAGUCUUCCGCAAAUGCGACCUAGAUAAUGGUAUACCACAAAAUUUCUGGAUACAGAACCUCCCAAAUUUCACUCGCUUAGUCGUUCUGGAUCUUAAAUUUGUCUGUACAGACGAAAUCCUUCAAAUUGUCGGCACCAAUUGUCUGCUACUUGAAGAAAUUAACAUAGUCUCUAAGGUUGAUAUUUGCAAAUCACUUAUCAACGCUUCAGUUUUAAUUAGGAAUGUUUCAGACGCCGGUCUUUAUUCUAUAGCUAAUUUGAAACAGUUACGCAUACUCGCAAUGGAUCCACCUCGUAAUGAGAGAGCAAGUCGGGUAGGUCGCUGUGUAUCCCAAGCGGGUAUUAUAAUGUUGGUGAGUGAGCUUCCAUAUUUAGAAGAGUUACGGAUAGAAUCUUGUGAUAUUGGCGCCACUUUAAUAACAACAGUUGUAGACAUCGGGCCGUUAAGUUUAAAAAAAAUUAACUGCCACUUCGCUUCAGCUGAGGGUAUUAAGAAAUUAAUCAAAAUCUGCCCAUAUUUAAAGGAACUGUCCGUCACACACUUGUCGGCACAUAACAAAGACGCGAUUCUAGAACAGCUUUCUGUAAGUGAUCUCCGAUUGUCGAGGCUAGAUUUAUCUUUCUUUUCCUAUUCGGAUUCGAUGCAGCAACUAUUGUCUGUAAAAGGCAAUUAUUUGACACAUUUCUCGUUAUGGGAGAUCGAACAUUCUUUAACUUUAGAGGCAAUUGUUUCGAUAGGUGUAUCUUGUCCCAAUCUAAUUACUCUCUGUCUCAUGACACAGUCGAAGUUUUUGCUUACACCGCGAUAUUUUAGGAGACCAGAGAAAAUAUUCUGUCAACUCAGAAAUUUAACUAUAGGUAACGAAAAUUACAAUAUCAGUAGUAUUCUAUCAUUUUUCCUUGACUGUACGCAAAAUUUGCAAAAAUUAGUUUUAAAAUAUCAAACUAAAAUGAAUAUCGACGAUACUUUGCUACAGUUAAUAGAGAAGGGUAGAUUAAAAAAUUUAAAUUGUUUAUGGUUGGACUGUACGUUAGAAGUCUCCAAGGAGGUAGUGAAGCAAAUGAUACAACACUGUGAGCAACUUCAAAUGUUCACAGUAGAUUUUAACGAGGAUAUGAGUGAUGUACAGAGAUACAUUUGUGAAAACAAUUUAGACUUAAAGCUAGGUAGUUACUAGCCCAUAUUUUGUAUAUAUUAUAGUUUAUUUAAAGUACAUAUAAAAUUAUUUUU